AUGUUAGCACAAAGUGUACGAAUUUGCGUAACGUCUUAUCAUGCAGCUCAGUGGACAGUCCAUUGUGGCGAAUCCGUCCAUCGACCUGCCGUCUUCGUCAACGCUCCCAGCCACGGCUUUUACGGAAUGAACAUGUCAGGAUACGAAGACACUUUGUGUGCCAACAAGGGUCCUCAGCUGUACGCCAAGUCGUACAUCAAUGGCGCCGUUGACUUCAUCUUUGGACUACAGUCCAAGUCUUGGUUCGAGUCCUGCGAUCUCGAGUCGAUCGGUAAUGGUUCCAUCACUGCUAACGGCAACAGCAACAGCUCAAACCUGUCUGAGUACGUCAUCAACAACGCCCGCGUAUUCGGCCACUUCAACAAGUCGUCCGCUUACCUCGGACGUCCGUGGUACCCGUACGCCCGCGUCGUCUUCCAGAACAGCGAGCUCGGCGACGUCGUUAGUCCUAAGGGAUGGAAUCAGUGGAACAAGGACAACAACACGGCCAAUGUGUACUUCAAGGAGUUCAACAACCGCGGCCCCAGAGCGGGUAAGGGCCAGCGCGUCGCGUUCAGCGGACAGCUUGAUGCCGCCGUGCCCAUUACGGACAUCCUGGGCGACGACUACGAGUCACAGUGGUAUGUCGACAAACAGUUCUUGUAG